CUGCGGGCCCUUCCUUUGGGUCAGUGUCGCCUCCGGGAUACAGACAGCCCCUUACCGCACAGCCCAGCCAGGCCCCCCACGCCGCCACCAUGCCGUUCGGUAACACCCACAACAAGUUCAAGCUGAACUACAAGCCUGAGGAGGAGUACCCCGACCUCAGCAAGCACAACAACCACAUGGCCAGGGUGCUGACCCUGGAGCUCUACAAGAAGCUGCGGGACAAGGAGACUCCAUCGGGCUUCACCCUGGACGAUGUCAUCCAGACCGGUGUGGACAACCCAGGUCACCCCUUCAUCAUGACCGUGGGCUGUGUGGCUGGUGACGAGGAGUCCUACCAGGUGUUCAAGGAUCUCUUUGACCCCAUCAUCCAAGACCGGCAUGGGGGUUACAAACCCACUGACAAGCACAAGACCGACCUCAACCACGAGAACCUCAAGGGUGGAGACGACUUGGACCCCAACUAUGUACUCAGCAGCCGCGUCCGCACGGGCCGCAGCAUCAAGGGCUACACCCUGCCUCCCCACUGCUCCCGGGGCGAGCGCCGGGCCGUGGAGAAAUUCUCCGUGGAAGCCCUCAACAGCCUGACAGGCGAGUUCAAGGGGAAGUACUACCCUCUGAAGAGCAUGACCGAGCAGGAGCAGCAGCAACUCAUUGACGAUCACUUCCUGUUCGACAAGCCCGUGUCCCCACUGCUGCUGGCCUCUGGCAUGGCCCGGGACUGGCCCGACGCCCGUGGCAUCUGGCACAAUGACAACAAGAGCUUCCUGGUGUGGGUGAACGAGGAGGACCACCUCCGAGUCAUCUCCAUGGAGAAGGGGGGCAACAUGAAGGAGGUUUUCCGCCGCUUCUGCGUGGGGCUGCAGAAGAUUGAGGAGAUCUUCAAGAAAGCCGGCCACCCCUUCAUGUGGAACGAGCACCUGGGCUACGUGCUCACCUGCCCGUCCAACCUGGGCACCGGGCUGCGUGGAGGCGUGCUUGUCAAGCUGGCGCACCUGAGCAAGCACCCCAAGUUCGAGGAGAUCCUCACCCGUCUGCGCCUGCAGAAGCGCGGCACAGGCGGUGUGGACACAGCUGCUGUGGGCUCAGUGUUCGACAUAUCCAACGCGGAUCGGCUGGGCUCGUCCGAAGUCGAACAGGUGCAACUGGUGGUGGACGGUGUGAAGCUCAUGGUGGAGAUGGAGAAGAAGCUGGAAAAGGGCCAGUCCAUCGACGACAUGAUCCCCGCCCAGAAAUAGGCGUCGGGGCUGCUCGCCGCCGACUGCUGGAGCCCCAGCCAAAGGGAGGACUCCGCCUGUCGGGGGUCCGCCCAGCCACACCCCCCAGCUCCACUAGAGGGGUUAGGCCACCUAGGGGCUCUAUCCAACCAUCUCGGAAUUCCAUUCCCAACCGGAGUUCCAACGAAUGGGCUUCGGCCUCUGAGUUCUGGCCAAUGAGGAACCUCCUCACACCUUCCCCUCCUUUUCCCAGAGCUCCGCCCACCACCAGGAGCUCUGGCUAACCGAGGGCUCGCCGACACAUCUGGAGCUCCUGCUUUUUCUACACCCAAAGCAACAAAUAAAAGCAAUGGUGGCCCUAA